AGUCUACAUUUCUGGUGCAGAGGUGCAGUUAAAUAUUCCUUCCUGACAAGAGGCAUUUUAUUUGGAGCCGGGAGACAAAUCGAGUUGGGAUGGGGUUGCCAAAGGCUGCAGCAUGCGUAGCUGUUCUCCUGGUUAUAUACUACAGUCUGGAUAAUCAGGAAGUGAUGGAAACAAAAGCAUCAUAUAAUCAUUCCAGAGGCAAAAGACAGGUGUCAGCAACACAACCGUCAGCUACAACAAUUAACGUACCAAUGGAUUUUGAUUUAUUGCUUGAUUUGACCAUCCCAGUCUCCAUUUUGCCACUACUGAGGAACAGUCUGAAUAGCAUCUCGUUCCCCUUCACGCUCAAUCAGUCUCUACAAGUAUUGGAUAUUCAGUUCACCACAGCGUGCUUUCCAAACUCCACCGGAGGCCUGCAGUGUACGUGUGAGGAUCAGUUUGCUUGGCCGUGUGACAAGUGUGACGUCUACGGUGCAUGCAGUAAUGUCACCAGACCAACCUGUGAGUGCAUCAAUGGACGUCCUUCUGACGGAGAGUACUGUGAACCAAUCACAAGUAUUAAUCCAUGUCCCACUCCAACUCCUGUGAUAACUACGACAACAGCAAUGAUGACAACAACAAAAGAACCAAUGGAUUUUGAUUUAUUGCUUGAUUUGACCAUCCCAGUCUCCAUUUUGCCACUACUGAGGAACAGUCUGAAUAGCAUCUUGUUCCCCUUCACGCUCAAUCAGUCUCUACAAGUAUUGGAUAUUCAGUUCACCACAGCGUGCUUUCCAAACUCCACCGGAGGCCUGCAGUGUACGUGUGAGGAUCAGUUUGCUUGGCCGUGUGACAAGUGUGACGUCUACGGUGCAUGCAGUAAUGUCACCAGACCAACCUGUGAGUGCAUCAAUGGACGUCCUUCUGACGGAGAGUACUGUGAACCAAUCACAAGCAUCAAUCCGUGUCCCACUCCAACUCCAGAGAUGUUAACAUCAACAGUGAGGACAACAACAAACACAACAACAAUGCCAAACACAACAAUGCCAGUGACCACAACAACAAUGCCAAACACAACAACAAUGCCAGUGACCACAACAACAAUGCCAUUGACCACAACAACAAUGCCAAACACAACAACAAUGCCAGUGACCACAACAACAAUGCCAAACACAACAACAAUGCCAGUGACCACAACAACAAUGCCAAACACAACAACAAUGCCAGUGACCACAACAACAAUGCCAGUGACCACAACAACAAUGAUGCCAGUGACCACAACAACAAUGAUGCCAGUGACCACAACAACAAUGCCAAACACAACAACAAUGCCAGUGACCACAACAACAAUGCCAUUGACCACAACAACAAUGCCAAACACAACAACAAUGCCAGUGACCACAACAACAAUGCCAAACACAACAACAAUGCCAGUGACCACAACAACAAUGCCAGUGACCACAACAACAAUGAUGCCAGUGACCACAACAACAAUGCCAAACACAACAACAAUGCCAGUGACCACAACAAUAAUGCCAGUGACCACAACAACAAUGAUGCCAGUGACCACAACAACAACAAUGCCAGUGACCACAACAACAAUGAUGCCAGUGACCACAACAAUAAAUGAACUUUCCUUUGUCCUGGAUAUAGACUUUGACGAAUCCUUCAAUGAAGAAUCAAAUGAUGUUUUCAUCAAUGCAAACAGAGCUAUUCAAACACAAUGUCGGACUCCACAAUCAUCUUGUCAGUUAAGUGGAUUCAGGUCAGGAAGCACCAUCGGAGAUUAUACCAUAAGAGGAGCUUCAUUAUCAGACACAGAGCUUCAAGCUAUACAAACAGGGAUAUUUCUAGACCUGUCGGAAACCUACCCUAUAAUAUUUGACAGUCAGUCAUCCUUAAAGUUGGAACCGACUACAGUUAUCUCACAGCAAGAGGCAACUGUGACAUGUGGUCCUCCUCCAGCUAAUCUCAAUUUAGGAACCAACUGGACAGCAGAGUGGAGGUUUAACAACAAUCCAAUAAGCAGCAAUGAAGACCUCUAUGAAUUUUCAAAAGUGAAUGAAGAAGCAGUGUUAACUCUGAAAAGAUUCUUUGGUACAGACAUUGGUCAAUAUGAAUGUAGGCUGAAGUCUGGCCAGAAAAUCUUCAGAGAGAGAUCCAAUAAAAACUUCACACUCCAAGAGCAACCUCUGAUACGACUGACGCCGCUCAGCAGACAAAUCCAUUGUCAGGACAUGGCAAGUGUAGAAGUGAAACUAGAGUGCUCUGUCAACGAACCCUACACUGUUGUGUUAAGAAACUCGACUAAAGUCUUAGGCACAGGUAAUUCUAUCAGCUACUCGUUUCUCAUCCCCAUCUGUGAAAAAACGGAACAUACAUUCACCUGUCAAGUGAUAGGCCGCCAAGAAUUUAAACAAACUACGCUGGAGAUAACUACAGGAGCUCCUGAUUGUAACAAUGAAGUAUUUGGUACUGGAAAUCUUGGCCAGAUGGCCUUCGGUUCCUGUGAACGUGACGAGGUGGGAGAGAGGAAAGGAGUUUGUCAGGAAGAUGGAUCAUGGAGAGAAGUUGAAAACAACUGUAUCCUACGACCGGUUCAGGAGCUGCUCCUGCAGUCUGAGUUGUUGAAUGCCAAUUCACUGCCAGGUUUCUUGGACACACUCAGCGAUGUCACCGUCAACUUCACUGAGGAAGUGGUUAAAUCUCCCACAAACAUAAAUGCCAUAGUUGAUAUACUCAGCAAUGUUGCAAAUACAUCCCUACCUAUUAAUAGUGACUUAGCAAAGGAUAUCCUUCUCACUGCAGGUGUCCUCACCACAGAUGGUGCAAGGGGAACCUGGGAGUCCCUGAACAAUGGCUCAAGAAAUGAGUCACAGACAAGAAGCUCCACAUUCUUGCAGUCACUGGAGAAUAUAACACGUCGCAUUACUGAUGUCUCUUUAGCAAUUGACACACCUUCUAUUCUCUUAAACAAAACUACAUUCACAGACUCUUUCAAUGCCAGCUUUAAUUCUUCAGUGACGAUAGUUAUAUCAGAACCUGGUGAAGGAGAGAAGAAUAUCACUGUGAUGACAUUUGCUUCAAUGCAUAACGUUCUCCCCGCGAGAGACGAAGCAAAUUCCUCCAGAUUUGACAUCAAUGGGAGAGUCGUUCUUGUUCAGACCAGCAUUGGAAACAUCCCCAUUAAUAAUAUUUCCUUUACAUUUAACCUCAAUAACACUUCACUGGUGAACCCACAGUGUGUAUUCUGGAACUUCAGCCUCUUUGAUGAUCGCGGGGGAUGGGACAACGAAGGCUGUAUGCCUGUAGAAAUUAAAAAUGGAAGCGUCACCUGCAACUGCAACCACCUGACCUCCUUCUCCAUCCUUAUGUCGCCCUUCGUUAACUGCGAAGUGUGUUCUCUGAUAACAUUUAUUGGAGUUGGCAUAUCCAUGGCCUCCUUGGUCAUAUGCCUAAUAAUUGAGGCUGUCAUAUGGAGAAAGAUUAGAAGGAACACCACAUCUUACCUGCGCCAUGUCUCCAUUGUUAACAUUGCCAUGUCUCUCCUGAUUGCAGACAUUUGGUUUAUCAUAGGGGCUUCUAUUUCAGAAGCACCGGGUGAUAACCGUGACGCAUGCUCUGCAGCUACAUUUUUUAUCCAUUUUUUCUACCUAGCCAUGUUCUUCUGGAUGUUAGCCUCAGCCCUUCUGUUGCUUUACCGCACAGUCAGUGUCUUUGAUGGAGGUUUGUCCAAAAGAUCUAUGCUGGCUAUUGGAUUCUCUGUAGGCUACGGAGGGCCUAUUAUCAUCGCGGUCAUAACUAUAGCUGCCACUGCACCCAGUGAAACGUACACACAAGGUAUAUUCUGCUGGCUCAACUUUAAAGAGUCCCUCGCCAUAAUAGCCUUUGUGUUGCCUGCUCUGACGAUAGUGCUGUUUCACCUCAUCAUCUUGAUUGUGGUAUUAUUCAAAAUGCUGAGGAGAAGGGCAGUGGCAGAUUCUGUCCAAGCAGGUCAGAGGAAUGUUUUAUUGGUUAUUGCAAGGACCCUGGCUGUCCUCACACCAUUAUUUGGAUUAACUUGGGGUCUGGGAAUUGGAACCCUGGCCGACCCAGAAAAUCAAGGCAUCCACAUUGCUUUUUCAUUCUUCAAUUCACUGCAGGGUUUCUUCAUAUUGGUGUUUGGACUGCUGCUGGACAAAAAGGUGCGGUCAGAAAUAGCAAUAAAGUCACAGAUAUCCGGAAGUGGCACCACGAGCAACAGUGCUGGAAACUCAUCGAGUGCAUUUGGAUUUCUCCGGCUCUGGAGACGAGGAAGAGAUGGUUACAACAUCUCAUCCAACGACUCUAAUGUGACUCAGUCUCUCAACACUUCAUAAUGUUUGCAGAGCGCUUCAAUCAGUCCACUCUGAAAAACAACCAACGGAGCUCGACACUUUUUCUCCAACGUUACGACAACUAAUCAUGAAUACAGUUUUCUUUUUAAAGCUGCUGCACAGCUUACAACUCUGUUAUACAUACAAGCAUUUAUAUGUAUGUUAUUACAUUCAUUUAUGUUGGAUAAAUAGUAUUAAUUAUCUUCUUUGAGAAAGGAGUUUCAUGUACUUGCUAUAGGUCAGGAGAUAUACUCUGGAAAAUGUGUGUCGUCAUUCUCAUUUCUGACCACUAGAGGCAGAAGUGCACCGAUAUUUUCUUUCAGGUACUUUAAUUUCUUGAUG